AUGGGUUCUUUGGGUGAAGUUAGAAAUUUAGGAAUUCAGAUUUUGUUAUACCUGAGAUUAUUAUUUGAAAAAGGUGAAUUUAAAUUCGAUGGGGAUUAUGGUAAAAAUCUGAAUUCUUUUACAAAUUAUAAAAAAGAACUCAAACAGGACAAAUCUGAAUAUAAUAAUUAUAAAACCAAAGAAUUAGAUUUUGAUAUCUAG